CGACCAAGUCCACAAAACGCGAAAAACUUCUAGGGUUCACGGAGACGAAAACGGCGACUGUAUUCUCUGAAUCGUUUCGACGCAGUCGGAGCAAAAAAGCACAGGAAACCUUCCGAUUUGGUGGGCAAGGUACGCGGUUUCUCUCGUCUCGCAGAAUUACAUCUUUUCUGCAGAGUUUUCGGGUAAAUUAGGGUUGAGGGUUCUGGGGAAAAUUUCGGGUUUUUUCCGAUAGAAAUUAGGGGUUUUUGAAAUAUGAGUCUGCGUUAGUUUGAAUUGUUUAGAUUACUGUUGUUUGCGACUUGUAUGAUAUCGAGAUUAGGGUUUCAGAAAAGGGGAAAAUCCGGGGAUAUGAAUCGAUUUUGUUAAGGGUUUUAAAAUUCGGGGAUGUGAAUCGAUUGAAUUGGGGCUUCUUUGAGUUGUUAUUGUUUCAGUAAUUUCGCUUUGUUGAUUCUGUGAAUUCGAUGGUUUAGCAUAUGUGUGAUCGUACAUUGUGUAUACUCGAUGUUAUGUAUCUACUUGUUUCUUGUUUAGUCGAUAUUUGCCAUUCGAUUGAUGUUUUGUUUAUUCGAUAUUAUGUAAGUACUUGUUUCCUGUGUGAAUAAAAUGGUACUACCAUAUGCUUGUUUUGUAGUUUAGGCAAUCUACUUGUUUCUUGUUUAGUCGAUAUUAUGUAACUUGGAGCCUACCAUAUGCUUGAUCGUUGCAACCUUAUGGCAUCUAUGUAUUGUCUGUUUUUGUUUAUUGUUCUGUGUAUGUCAUUUUUUUGGCAUCUUUUUGCUUUUGGGUUUGUGUGUUUAUGGCUGCAGGUUUCGGCGUGUGUGCCAGGGAACCACACAAAGGUAAAUAUCCUUUUAUCUCCUUCGUUAAUACCUUAUGUUUCUGUUUGUAUCUAAUGACUGAGUUCUUGUUAUACUUAUGUUUGCGAGGUACCUCUAACGAGAAAUGAGUGGUUGAAGGAACUUUCAAGUUAGCUUCCGACGAGGUUACACCCAUGCUUUUAAUGCGCCAACAGGAAAACACAUUUUCCUUCUCACCGAGUAUAGAUCUUGCAUCCUCUCAAGUUCCUAACUUCAGCACACAGCAGACUAAAGAUAGAAGUGUUCCCGCUGAGGAUCGCACUACAAGGAGGAAGUGGCAUCCUACAGAAGAUGUCGUUCUGAUCUCGGCUUGGUUGAAUACGAGCAAAGAUCCUGUCGUCGGUAAUGACCAAAGAGCAGGAGCCUUCUGGAGCCGGAUAACUAACUUAUUCAACUCGAGUCCAGAAUUAGCUGACUUUCAAAACCGAACUCUAAGUCACUGUAAGCAGCGUUGGCAACGAAUCAAUGAUCAAACUUGUAAGUUUGUAGGGAGCUAUGAAGCAGCAUUGAAAGAGCAAAGCAGUGGCCAAAACGUAAACGACGUGAUGAAGAAUGCACAUCAAAUAUUCCUCAAUGAUCACGGGUUUAAGUAUGCACUUGAGCAUGCGUGGAGGGAACUGAGGCAUGACCAAAAGUGGAGCUCAUCAUCGGCUGUAAAAGAUGCUGAAAAAAAAAACGGAAGAAAGGGGAAGCUAACUCGCCUAUGCCAGAUUCCGGUCAACCUGAUUGUCACGGAGAGGAGACAGCAGAGAUCAGGCCCCCUGGUGUGAAGGCUGCAAAGAAAUCAAAGGGUAAAAAGGCUGUUCGAGGAGUUGAAGAGGAUAAUAAAGAUUUCAUCAACAUGUGGGAAAUAAAACAACAAGAUAUAGCACACAAAAGGAUGCUCUCCAGGCAGAGAAUGCUUGAACACUUACUCGCAAGAGGAGAUAGACUAUCAGAGGGUGAAAAAUCUCUAAGGGAAACACUCAUUAAGGAAAUCUUGUCUUAGUGUUGGAUGUUUUAAAUUUUCUGUUCCUUUUUUGGUUUCCAUGUUUAGGUUUUCUGAACUAGUAUGAUUAUCUGUCUCUUAUGUCAUAUGUUAUAUCUCGUACUGGCUGUUUAAUGUCGUUAUAGUGAAUCGGUUAUGUUCAUCUCUUAA